UAAUGGAAGAACCGAAAGGGAUUGUCCGUCAUAUAUAGACAUUGCAAGAUCCAUAAUUAUCUCGAUCAUAUAGAGGACAUGAAAAAACAUAUUGUCUAUCAUUUGAUCCAUAAAUGAGGUAAUUAGCAUCUGGAGGAAAUGAUUCAAUAAUAUAUGUCUAUAGUUUUAAGCCAUAAGGAAGACCAUUUAAAUUUAAUGGACAUAAAGGAGCAGUUUAUAGUGUGCAAUUUUCACCUGAUGGAUAAAUAAUUGCAAGUGGUGGAGAAGAUAGGACAAUUCGUUUAUGGAAGAAUUCUGUGUAAUUUGAUAUUAAUAUGAAUUUAAUAGUUUAGGAAAGUGUACAGCAAUUAAAGGACAUAUUGGUAGUGUUAGAUCAUUAUCAUUUUCUUAAGAUAGCAGUAUGAUAGUAUCAUCAUCAGAUGAUAAAACAAUUAAGGGAUGGAAUGUAUUAAAGAAUAAUUUUAUGUUCUCAUUGGCAGGACAUACUAAUUGGGUUAGAUAAGCUAAAUUAUCUCCAGAUUCUAGAUUAGUAGUUUCUGGUUCAGAUGAUUCAACAGUUCGUUUAUGGGAUGUUAAUUUAUCAAAAGAAUUAUAGAAAUUCAAAUGUGAAGAUUCAAUAUAUUCAAUUGAUUGGAUUAGUGAUGGAACUACUAUAUGUGCAGGUUAAAUGGAUGGAAAAAUUAAAUUAUGGGAUGCUCGUUCAAUGAGAUUAAUAUAAUAUUAUGAAUGUAGUAAAAAAUCAGUUAAUACAAUAAAUACUCAUCCUAGUGGUAAUUUUCUAUUAUCUGGUGAUGAUGAAAGCAAUUUAAAAAUAUUUGAUUUAAGAUAAGGAAGAUUAGCAUGGUCAUUAUAUUCCCAUUCUUAACCAAUUAAAUAAGUAUAAUUUAAUUAUGCAGGUGAUUAUUUUGCUUCAGCUGGAUUAGAUUCAAAUGUUUUAGUUUGGUAAUCUAAUUUUGAUGAAAAUAUGAAGCCUUGUAAUGUUAUUAAUUUUGUAGAUAAGAAUUUAUCAAAUAAUGAUUCAUAAACAUUAUCAUCUUCAAAUUAAUUUAAGGUUCCUUAAACUACAUUUAAAGCUAAUAAAUAAUAAAAUAAAAUNUAAUUUAAAUUCAAAUUAAUGGAAGAACCUAAAGGGAUUGUUCGUCAUAUAUAGACAUUGCAAGAUCCACAAUUAUCUAGAUCAUAUAGAGGACAUGAAAAAACAUAUUGUCUAUCAUUUGAUCCAUAAAUGAGAUAAUUAGCAUCUGGAGGAAAUGAUUCAAUAAUAUAUGUCUAUAGUUUCAAACCAUAAGGAAGACCAUUUAAAUUUAAUGGUCAUAAAGGAGCAGUUUACAGUGUUUAAUUUUCACCUGAUGGUUAAAUAAUUGCAAGUGGUGGAGAAGACAGGACAAUUCGUUUAUGGAAGAAUUCUGUGUAAUUUGAUAUUAAUAUGAAUUUAAUAGUUUAGGAAAGUGUACAGCAAUUAAAGGACAUAUUGGUAGUGUUAGAUCAUUAUCAUUUUCUUAAGAUAGCAGUAUGAUAGUAUCAUCAUCAGAUGAUAAAACAAUUAAGGGAUGGAAUGUAUUAAAGAAUAAUUUUAUGUUCUCAUUGGCAGGACAUACUAAUUGGGUUAGAUAAGCUAAAUUAUCUCCAGAUUCUAGAUUAGUAGUUUCUGGUUCAGAUGAUUCAACAGUUCGUUUAUGGGAUGUUAAUUUAUCAAAAGAAUUAUAGAAAUUCAAAUGUGAAGAUUCAAUAUAUUCAAUUGAUUGGAUUAGUGAUGGAACUACUAUAUGUGCAGGUUAAAUGGAUGGAAAAAUUAAAUUAUGGGAUGCUCGUUCAAUGAGAUUAAUAUAAUAUUAUGAAUGUAGUAAAAAAUCAGUUAAUACAAUAAAUACUCAUCCUAGUGGUAAUUUUCUAUUAUCUGGUGAUGAUGAAAGCAAUUUAAAAAUAUUUGAUUUAAGAUAAGGAAGAUUAGCAUGGUCAUUAUAUUCCCAUUCUUAACCAAUUAAAUAAGUAUAAUUUAAUUAUGCAGGUGAUUAUUUUGCUUCAGCUGGAUUAGAUUCAAAUGUUUUAGUUUGGUAAUCUAAUUUUGAUGAAAAUAUGAAGCCUUGUAAUGUUAUUAAUUUUGUAGAUAAGAAUUUAUCAAAUAAUGAUUCAUAAACAUUAUCAUCUUCAAAUUAUUUUAAGGUUCCUUAAACUACAUUUAAAGCUAAUAAAUAAUAAAAUAAAAUUAAUUAUGAAAACUAAACAUCUUAAUCUUUAUUAAUUAAUAAUUAGACUCAUUAAAGUCCUUUGGCAUAAAUGUUAUCAACUAAAUUUGAAAAAAUAGUAUCUUAAAUGGAUCAAGUUACUUAAUUGAUUGUAUCUAUUGAUAAGAGAAUUACUUCAAAUGAAGAUUAAGUCAAAAAAUUAUUAUAAGUAUUAAGAUUAUUUUAUUAUAUUAGAAUGAGAGAGUCAAAUCAAUUCUUGGUGUUUAUGAAGAGUAAUAUAAAGAACCAUAUUAGAAGGCUGCUGUUUGGGAGAAUUAUAGAAAUAAACAAUAAUAAAACAAUAAUUAAUUAACUCUAUAACAAUAAUAAUAAUUAUAAGAUCAAGAACCUGUUUUUGGAACAGGAUCAUUUAUGAGAGAUGGAGAAUUAGAAGAUUUUCCAGAAGAAAGUGAAUAGAAAUUAAAAUAAGAAUAUGAAGAUGAAAAAUACAAAUUAUAAUAAGAACAUAUAUUAGAAAGUGAUUAAAAUCAAUAAACUUUUAAUGUUACUAGUGAAUAGAAUAUCUUUUAAACAGGAGCUUUAGAUGGAACUUUAAGUAAUCAAAAUAAUUAUAAUAAUACAUUUUCAUUGACUUUCACUUAAAGAUAAAACUUAUAAGAAUAAUUGAAUAAUUUAGGAGAUUGGAGAGAAUAACUUGAAUAAGUAUAAAGGGAAGUAAUGGAAAAUUAAUAAGAUAAUGAUUAAUUUAUAAGAGAAGUUAAUGAAGAUGAAGAAGAAUAAUAGGAUUUAUAGGAUAUACAACAAUAAUAAGAACAUUAAGGUUAAUAAGUAGAAAUUCAAGAGGAAGAAUAUCCAGUUUAAGAAGAUUUUUAAGAUGAAUAAGGAAAUUAAGGAGAAGAGGAAAUCAGAUAUUAAGAUCAAGGAGCAUAAGAAUGAA